CUGUCACAAAAUACAGAUACAUACUUUACACUUUCAGUGUUCAUGACACAACGCUCAGCAACCCCUGGUCCCUUUGACUACUCUAUGAUCCACCAAAUAACAGCAGAUUGACAUGGACAAACAUUUGCAAGGAGGGAAAGCAUUUGGAUUCCUCAAGUCUCAGCAGGAUGAGAAACUGAACUCCAUCAAUGAGGCUUUUCUCACAGAUCCUAAAUAUGCAGAGGAGGAGGACCUCAGCUCAAAACUGGAAAUGUUUAAAAACAAAUACAUGGAAUUUGAUCUCAAUGACCGAGGAGACAUCGACAUGAUGGGGCUGAAGCGCAUGCUGGAGAAGCUGGGCGUGGCAAAGACUCACUUGGAGCUGAAAAAGAUGAUGUCAGAUGUGGUUGGCGGCGCCGCACGAGACACGUUCUGUUACACAGACUUUCUCAAUAUGAUGCUAGGGAAGAGGAAUUCCAUACUCCGACUGAUCUUGAUGUUUGAGGAGAAAGGGAAAGACCAGGAGCCCAAAGAGAGUGGACCACCGCAACGCAAGACUUUUUCAGAUCUGCCCUGAAUGCAAUUACGUUAUGGAUCCAAUCUGUUCAUAUACAAAACUGAAUGUCAAAUGAACUGGGUUAUACAGGUUUCAUUGUAAGGAAUAAAGAAAGGUUUGAUUUA